AUGGGACGCUCCUCCACACCCGGCCAGGGACUUCCCCAGCUGCUCGGUUACUUCCGCCUUACCCUCUGCCCUGCCCGCAUCACCCCGCGGAUCCUAUUCUUGUAUUGUUGUCUGUGCCUUUCGGUCACUACUCUUCUUGCCAUCAGAAUGCAUCUCAAGAGCUAUUUGUCCACCGCCCUUUAUGGGCUGCCUGUGCUGUCCCAGGCUGCGACAGCAGUAACAACGGACCCAUUCCAGGCUUACACUAUCAGCGCAAAAAACAUCACUGCAACAUUAAUCCCGUACGGAGCACGAUUGACAUCCCUGAAAGUCCCCGACCGUAAUGGUGCUUUUCAGGAUGUGGUCGUAGGCUACGACGACCCGAAGCGUUAUCUCCAAGACACGGAGACGAAUCGCACUUUCUUCGGGGCUGUUGUCGGCCGCUACGCGAAUCGCAUCAAGAACGGCACCUUCACAAUCGGCACCCAGGAUUACCAUGUGCCCGAGAACGAGAAUGGUGGCAAGGACACUCUCCACGGUGGCACAGUGGGCUAUGAUGGCCGCAACUGGACCGUCACCGCCCACUCCAACUCAUCCAUAACCUUCACUCUGGUCGAUCGCGCGCUGGAGGACUUCCCUGGCGAUGUGAUCACGCACGCUACAUUCAGUGUCCAGACCGAAGCCACCAACGAGAAUCCCGAGGGCUUGCCCCAGUUGACCACCAAGCUAGUCUCGCUCGCUCUGACAGAGACCACCCCGAUCAUGCUUGCCAACCACAUCUACUGGAACCUGAACGCGUUCAAGAACGAGACCAUCCUGGAUGACACCUGGCUGCAACUGCCGCUAUCCAAGCGCUUCAUCGGCACUGACGGGAUCCUGAUCCCCGACGGCAGCAUCCUCGACGUCAACACGGCGUACAACGGAUCCGCAGACUUCACCGCCGGCAAACUGGUCGGCAAGGACAUCGACGAGGCGGUCCACCUCUGCGGCUCCAACUGCACCGGAUACGACAACUGCUUCGUCGUCGACCGCCCCCCGCAGUACGCCUCGGCCAACUCGAUCGUGCCCAUCGUCCGCAUGAACUCCAGCACCACGGGCAUCAGCCUGGAGGUCGCCACCAACCAGCAAGCCCUGCAGAUCUACUCGUGCAACGGCCAGAACGGCACCAUCCCCAUCAAGGACUCGCAGAUCAAGCUCAACAAGGAGGAGGGUAUCAGCGGCGCCGAGUACGUCAACAAGUACGGCUGCCUCGUGAUCGAGACCGAGGGCUGGAUCGACGGCAUCAACAACCCGCAAUGGGGCCAGCUGUCCGACCAGAUCUACUCGCCCGAGACCGGCCCCGCCGUCAACUGGGCCACCUACAGGUUCGGCACGGUCUAA